CAGCAACCUUUCCCAUCCCUUCUUCUCAGUUCUCCCCAUUUCUCUCCUCUCUCUAUAUAGUAUAUAUAAGGAGUAUAUAUUUAUCUCUCUCUAUAUUGUAUAUGAAAUUAUAAAUAUAUACACACAAGUUAAGUUUCUCUUUCUACAUAUAAUAUCUGAUAUGGUACUAUAUAACAUGUAAGAAGAUUGAGCAAAAACUCUGUUAUCAGAACCAUGAAGGCCAUUACAAGCUUACCAUCAGAGCUGAUAACAACCUCAUCAUUCAUCAAAAUUACAGCUUUCUCCCUCCUCUCUCUCUCCAUCCUCCUCCUCUGCAAACAUUUCUCCGACUCCUACCAACAACGCCACUUCUCCUUCUUCUCGUCUUCUUCCACCACCGCCACCCCCACCGCCAAUGAUCCUUUGCCGCCGCCGCUGGUGUUGAAACCGGGGCACGUCGACCAGGAUACCGAGGUCGAGGGCCUCUUCGCAUCUUCUUCCACCAUCGCUGACGCCGUUGCUGCCGCCACCGCCUCUACCAAUCACCCUCCGCCGCCGCCGCUGGCGGUGGAGAGGACGGGGAUCGUCGACGAGAACGGGGUCAUGUCGGCGGAUUUCGAGGUAGGGGAGUUCGAUCCCAGUAUUAUUGAGAGUGUGGCAAAUGAGAGUCAGAAACAGGGGAGGGAGAGUGGUCAAACGGGUAGGAAUAAUUCUACGGCUAGGGUUAGGGUUGAGAAAUAUAGGGCGUGUAAUGAGAGUAUGAGGGAUUACAUUCCUUGUUUGGACAAUGUGGAUGUGAUUUCGCGGUUGAAUUCGACGGAGAGAGGGGAGAAGUUUGAACGGCAUUGUCCAGAGGGAGGGAAAGGGUUGGAUUGUGUGGUGCCGAGGCCGGAGGGGUAUAAGCUGAAGAUACCUUGGCCGAAAAGCCGAGAUGAGGUGUGGUUCAGUAAUGUACCCCACACACGCCUGGUUGAAGAUAAGGGAGGCCAAAAUUGGAUAUCAAAGAAGGAAGAUAAGUUUAUAUUUCCAGGAGGUGGAACACAAUUUAUCCAUGGGGCUGAUCAAUACUUGGAUCAGAUUUCCAAGAUGGUUCCGGACAUUGCAUUUGGCCUACACACCCGAGUUGCCUUGGAUGUUGGUUGUGGAGUAGCAAGUUUUGGUGCCUUCUUGUUAGGCCGUAAUGUGACUACCCUGUCUAUAGCACCAAAGGAUGUUCAUGAAAACCAGAUUCAAUUUGCUCUAGAGCGUGGUGUGCCUGCCAUGUUAGCAGCAUUUGCAACACGUCGCUUAUUAUAUCCUAGCCAGGCAUUUGACUUGAUACAUUGUUCAAGAUGUAGAAUUAAUUGGACCCGUGAUGAUGGAAUUUUGCUUCUUGAGGUCAACAGGAUGCUAAGAGCAGGAGGAUACUUUGUUUGGGCAGCACAACCUGUUUAUAAACAUGAAGAUAAAGUGCACGAACAAUGGAAAGAAAUGGAGGACCUUACUGGUCGCAUUUGUUGGGAACUUGUAAAGAAGGAAGGAUAUAUUGCUAUAUGGAGGAAGCCUCUAAACAACAGCUGCUAUCUUAAUCGUGCUCCUGGAGUACAUCCUUUGUUAUGUGAUUCCAAUGAUGACCCAGACAAUGUUUGGUACGUUGAUCUGAAGGCAUGCAUCACUCGACUACCUGAGAAUGGUUACGGAGCUAAUGUUACUACAUGGCCUGCACGCCUUCAUCUUCCACCAGACAGGCUCUUUAGCAUUAAAAUGGAUGCUUACAUGUCCAGAAAGGAAAUAUUUAAAGCAGAGUCAAAAUAUCGGCAUGAUAUUGUGGACAGUUAUGUUUCUGCUUUUCACUUGAAGGAAUUAGAACUACGAAAUGUGAUGGACAUGAGGGCUGGAUAUGGGGGGUUUGCAGCAGCAUUCCAUGAUUUACAGAUUGAUUGUUGGGUUAUGAAUGUUGUUCCUGUUAGCAGUUACAAUACAUUGCCUGUAAUUUAUGACCGUGGACUGAUAGGAGUUUUGCAUGAUUGGUGUGAGCCAUUUGACACUUAUCCUAGAACAUAUGACCUACUAAAUGCAGCAGGUCUCUUCUCUGUAGAACAAAAGAGAUGUAAUAUCUCUACCAUCAUACUUGAGAUGGAUCGGAUUCUAAGGCCAGGUGGGCGUGCUUAUAUUCGUGACACCGUAUCUGUUUGUGAUGAAGUUCACGAAAUUGCAAAUGCCGUAGGAUGGGUGGUCUUCCGAUUUGACACCGGCGAAGGGCCCCAUUCCAACUGGAAGCAUUUGGUCUGUGAGAAACGUUUGUAACAUUCUUGAAUAUAUAUAUAUAUUUUUUUACAUAAAUGUUGAAAGAUUUCUUGCUCUUGUUUUUUUCAGCGUUAUUUCUUCUUUUGCCCUAUAUGCUGUAGGCAUGAAAAUCCCUUGUCUCUAAUUAUUAUUAUUAGAUCAUACAAGAGAAAGAUAUAUGUUGUUCUGGCUAAUUAAUUGUAAUCUCUCUGUACAUUUAGUCAAUCAGACAUGGUAGCAAUCCAGCAGAUACGAGAAUUUCAUAUCCAUGUUUUAGUGCCACAUAGAUCAGGGUUUUUUUUUUUUUUUUCUUUUUUUGGGCGCUUGUAGUUUGUGACAGCUUAUAUAAACCCUCAUUGACAAUAAGAAGAAUCAUUUUGCGUUUUAUAUGUCUCAUUUUUUGGAUGAUAUCCCGAAGAGUUUACUUCUUAGUGCAUUGAAGGAUGGUUGGGAUCAAUC